AUGUCGAUGGAAGAAAGCAUCAGCUUGGAGGAGACCAACAAGAUCCGUAUCUCACUCGGUUUAAAGCCUCUGACAGACGAUAAGGCGCCCGCACUUUCCAGUGAUCAACAAGCUGAGGAUAACUAUGCCAAAUUGCGGGAGAAGGAGGCGGCACAGCGCCAGGCAAAGAAAGUGCAGGAGAACAUAGCCAAGGUGCGGAAUCGACGGGAACUCAAUGCAUCACUAAAGGGAGCAACUUUGGGUGACGCAGAGGAAGAUGUCGAUGAUACGUUGAAAUGGAUCAAACGAAACAAGAAAAAAGAGCGAGAGCUUGCAAAAAAACGACAGCAGGAGCUGGAGAACAGGGACAAAGAACUUGAAGCGGAGUACACUGAACGCGACCUUGUCGGCCUCAAGGUUAGCCAUGACUUUGAAGGAAUGGACGAAGGCGAUGCCCGGAUACUCACCUUGAAAGAUAGCCGCAUUCUUGAUAACGAUGAGGACGAACUUCAUAACGUUGAGAUGGCGGAAGAGGAAAGAACGAAGAAACGUCUAGAACUCAAGAUUAAGAAACGCGACUAUACCGGGUAUGACGACGACGAAUUCGCAGAGGGCAACCAGGGUCUUAUGAAGCGCUCCAUCCUUGCCAAAUAUGACGAAGAUAUCGAGGGAUCUCGUCAAUCUGAUUUCAGGUUGGGCAGCUCAAUGACUUCAAGUCAGAAACAGCAAGAGGCACGGAAACAGCAAGAAGCUGCUUCUGUUAACAAGUCACUGCUGUCGAUAGAUUACGCUAAGAACAUCGAAACCAACGACUACAUUCAGGAAGGAGAAAUUGGUUUCAAGAAACCAAAAACCAAGAAAAAGCGAUCGAGUCGGAGAGCACCAGUUGAUACUGAAUUAGCUGAAGACAGCAUGGAUGUCGAUCAACGAGUUGUUCCUCGAAUUCGAGACCUAGACAUUAAUUUUGUGGACGACGACGACCUGCAGGAAGCCCUAGCCCGUUCUCGGAAGGCCAAACUCCAUAAGACGAAGAAGUUAUCGCCUGAGGAACUGGCGAGCAAGAUUGCCGCCCAACGAGUCAAACAAGAAGAGGUUGAGAGUGAAACGAUGGUCAAACAAGAAAAUCCUGAGAACGAAGAGGACGGGGGGCUGACAUUCGAUGAAACCUCCGAAUUUGUGCAAGCUGUCGGCAGUAACCCCAUCGUGAAGCCUAAACGCGAAGCAAGGGAACCCGCACUUUCAGAAGCGCCAAACUCUGCCAGGCAGCGGUCCAAAUCACGAGAUGUAUCGAUGGCACCCGGAGAUGUGGCACUUGACGAAUUGGAGGCUGGCGAGGUGCGAGUCAAGGAGGAAGAAGAAGACUAUAACAUGGAGAUGCUCGAUGCUAUCGAGAACGCUAUCAAGGAGACUGAGGCUGAGGAAAAGGCGGCGGUGGAGGGAGCGGCGGACAUCGGCACAUCAUCUGAGCAAACAUUCAGUACUGGUAUGGCCUCCACUCUUAACAUCCUCCGCCAACAAGGCAUCCUGGCACAGCCCACCGCAGAUCAAAUCGAGCGGGAGAAAACUCAGAAGCAACGGGAUCUCUGGUUGGCAGACCAGCGACGGCGUGUGGCUCAGAGGGAGUUAGAAAGGUUGCAAUCCCGUGGCGGAAACAAGGAUCAGGCUCAACGCGAGUACGAGAACCGCCUGCGCGAACAACAGGAGGCUCGAGGAAGCAUGGAAGCGUUCAAGAACUACAAGCCAGAUGUGAAUAUCGUCUACUACGAUGAAUUCGGUAGGACGUUAACGCCAAAGGAGGCAUGGAAGGCGCUUUCACACAAGUUCCAUGGAAAAGGGUCGGGCAAGAUGAAGACUGAGAAACGCUUAAAGAAGAUUGCAGAGGAGAAGAAGAAAGAAGCUAUGGCGAGUGGCGACACGCCGUUGAGCAUGAACAGGGCUUUUCAGCAGAGGCAAGAAAAGACUGGUCAGGCGCACUUUGUGCUGUCUGUUGGAAACAGAGGUGCUGUCCCGCAAGCUGCGGACUUCCUGGAUGCCCAACCACUCGCCAAAGGCAAGACAGAGAAGACAAAGAAGAAGAAGGAAGGCAAGAAUGCUCAGCAAGCUGCUGAUACUGGUUUCAUGACAGUCCCCGCCCCCUCACUCCACCUGACCUCGAACGGAACUACGCCCCUUGGUUCCGCGUCGGCAUCUCCUGCUCCAAGAGCUGGAUUUUCUCGUAUAUCUUCCACCGUAGUCGAAACCCCCUCAUCGGGUGGCACACCUGUUCCCACUGAACGUCCUAAAGUUGCUUUUGGGCUGGGAGUCAAACGCAAGGCUACGGAAGAAGCCUCUAAUUCACCACCACCGAAGCGGCGCUAG